AUGGCUGUUACAAGAGCUGUGUUUACCAGGGAUGUGUUUCUGAUCCUAUUCAUCUUCCUCCAAACCAGCAGAUCUGAAAGUAAUCUCGCUUUAUUGAAGAAUGCUUCGCAAAGUUCCGAUCUUGGCGAUACAUGGACAGCCAGUAAAGUUGUGGAUAACUGUGUGGCUACAAAUAUUGCAAAGGGCUGCUGUACACAUACAAAACCUGGAGUUCACAAGGAGGCCUGGUGGCGUGUAGAUCUUGGAGAGUUAAUGACUGUAGAUAAAAUCAAAAUUUAUUACAGACACGGUUUUCAAUACAGACUUGCGGGUUAUCAUCUUUACCUGUCUAAUACCACCGACACACCGACCCAAGGUGCCCUCUGUUAUGAGGAUAAGAGUAUUGAAAAGACUGAUGUACAGUUGGUGGUAACACAUCAGUGCCCGUAUGUAGCCCAGUAUGUCACCGUCUACAACUAUAGAAACAACACUACGCGGAAAGGAUGGUAUUCUAAAUACGCUGUUCUUGAGUUAUGCGAGGUACAGGUGUUUGGCUGUCAGGUAGGGAGUUACGGUGAUGGAGACUGUGAUAAUCUAUGUCCAGACAAUUGCUAUGGCGGCAACUGUAAUCCUACGACCGGAUCUUGUUUGUAUUGCUUUCCGGGGAAUUAUGGCAUUAACUGCAACAAUAUUUGUCCCGUGAACUGUGGAGACUCUAUUUGUGAGAAGGACACUGGGUUUUGUUUUCGAUGCGUUUCCAGAAAACAUGGUACCAAAUGUGAAGAUGACUGUCCUGUGAAUUGUAAGGAUACCUGUGGACAGGAUACAGGAAAUUGUAAUGAAUGCGUUUCCGGAAAACAUGGUACUACAUGUGAAGGUGACUGUCCUGUGAAUUGUAAGGAUACAUGUGAGCAGGAUACGGGGAAUUGUAAUGGAUGCGUUUCCGGAAAACGUGGUCCUACAUGUGAAGAUGACUGUCCUGUGAAUUGUAAGGAUAUGUGUGAGCAAGAUACGGAGAAUUGUAAUGAAUGUGUUUCUGGAAGACGUGGUACUACAUGUGAAGAUGACUGUCCUGUGAAUUGUAAGGAUGCAUGUGAGCAGUAUACCGGGAAUUGUAAUGAAUGUGUUUCUGGAAGACGUGGUACUACAUGUGAAGAUGACUGUCCUGUGAAUUGUAAAAAUACAUGUGAGCAGGAAACGGGGAAUUGUAGUGAAUGUACAACAGGAAAAUACGGGGAUGGGUGUGCUAUUGAUUGCCCUAUGAACUGUAAAGACAGCAUGUGUCAUCGGAAAACGGGACUUUGUUAUGAUUGUAUUAUUGGAACGUAUGGUGCAACAUGUUCCUUAACGUGCCCUGUGACAUGUAAAGAUUUCGUGUGCGAUCAACAAACUGGCCAAUGCUUGGAAUGUUAUCCGGGAAAGUAUGGAGUCGUGUGUGGUGCAGAUUGUCCGGACACUUGUACUGACAACACGUGUAACAAGGAUGACGGUCAUUGCAUUAGCGCUGCCGAUGCUAAGCUGAUCAUAAUGGCUGUCCUUUGCGGUCUACUGAUUGCUGUGGUCAUCACAACGGUUAUAUGUCUACUUCGUUUACACAGAAGAAAUGAAAUCAGAAAAAAGUCACCAGAUCAGGAUAAAGAAUCACCCGUUCCAGAUCCAAACUAUACGUCUCUUUCCAAUGAACAGGGAGAAGCGCCUCACAUCUAUGAAAUGAUCGUCAAAUAA